AUGUCGAUGCGAAGGAUCUCGGUCGGUCAGGUCACAGGAUCUGCAAACUCCCGCACUGCUCAACAUAACACAUCGCGAUUCAAUGAGCUCUUUUACCUCAAGCUACAAGAAUGCCACGAGAACCGUUCGAACUGCCAUGCCUCGGACCCCUCUCAGACAACAGAAGAUCGGUCCGCCGUCACUGUCCAUGAGCUUGCUGCCAUUCACGAGCCAUCCAACAACACGUUCUAA